GUGAUAUAAACUUAGAAAUGUGCUAUUUUGGAGAUUUGCCCUUUCUCAAAAGUCUUUUAGAAAAUUUUGGUUGAAGUACUUUUGCAUUUUCUGUUCUCUUUUCUUAUUUUUAUUUAUUUUAUUGGUGAAAGAUUAGUCAAGAGACUCACUAAUGUGCAUGUCCUUGUUUCUUCAAUAUUCGCAUGGAAAUUGAUGGCCUUAUUGGAAUAUUAACCUUCAGCCGUUGAUACAUUUUUCAUUCUCUAUCCAGUUACACAAAUAGUAUUAUGUUUCAAGUUUAUAUAAAUUAUAUUCAUUUUAUAUCUUGAGCUUUUGAGGAAUCUAUAAACUUUGGUGAAAAUGUGAUGCGUUUGUUGAUGUUUUGACCAACUUGUAUAGUUCUUUGUUUUUCAGCUUUCAGACUCUCAACAAUAUGGAGUUUGUCUCACAUCCUAAGUCAAAGAAGCCAGAAGAAGAAAGAUAUUGACAAUGGUUAGUUGUUUUCCUUUAGGUUUCCAUGUCUCACACCAUUAUGAACCCCAUGCCUGUUAGUUUGUUUUGGAAUCUAGGCUGUAAAUGGAAGCUUAACCUUAAACAUAAACUUCUUGUUAAGUUUCUGGUUAUAUCUUCGAAUCACAGAAACAUGUUGAUGAUGUUUAUGAGCCGCAGAGAAAAAUUCCUUGCAGAUGAAGGGAAAAAAAAACAAGUUAUAAAAGCUGGUAACGAAAGCUCAUCUAACCAUAUACUUUUAUCUUCUUCUUCUUAUUACAUCCAUACACAUCAUAGUUUCAUAACCUAUACAUAGCUAAUUUUUAGUAAAAUCCAGUCGUAUUUUCUAUUUUUCACCCAUUAGGACACAACCAUAUCUUCACUUCUACCACUUUCUAAACAUAGAAAUUAGCCCCAUGACUUUGAAUUGGUCAAAAUCUCUUUCUCUUUCUUGUCUCAUUGUCUCUUGUCUUAUAUCAGCUUGUCUCUCCUCCCACAUUUCUCUCCAUUCCCCUGCAUUCCCUUCCCACCAGGAGAAAUCUAAGGAACCGAACUCGCGAAACCCAUCAAACAAUGCCCUCAAACAAACCAUCUUCCAUCUUCCCUCUACAUCACAAACCAACACCAUUAAAACCUUCAAGCAGUACCAACACCACAAACCAAGCAUGCGCUGCAUGCAAAUACCAACGCAGGAAAUGCGCUCCAGAUUGUCUUCUCGCUCCUUAUUUCCCUCACGACCGUCACCGCCAAUUCCUCAACGCGCAUAAGCUCUUUGGUGUCAGCAACAUCACCAAGAUCAUCAAAGACCUUAGCCCUCCUGAGAAAGACGCCGCUAUGCAUACAAUCAUGUUUCAGUCUGAUGCUCGUGCCAAUGAUCCCAUUGAAGGUUGCUAUAGCAUCAUAAGAAGGCUUCAGUACGAGAUCGAAUAUAGUAAGAAUGAAUUGGACAUGGUUCAUCAUCAACUGGCUGUUUUCCGUGACCGUGCUCAUAAUCAUUAUCAAGAACCGCAUAUGCAGAUGCAAGAACCUGAGGAUCUCUCGAGUUCUUGUGAUCUAAACAACAACAACGUGGUUCCUUACAGUUACCCUCUUCAUCAUGUCCAAGAACCAAACCAACAGCAACAACAAUAUUGUUCUUCUGGAAACUUUAAUGGGUUACAAGAAGACAUGUGGUGUCUUCAACUUCAAGAAUCAUCAACGACAGUGAAUAUGAAGGGUGGCUUCAUUGAUGAAUGCGAAGACGUUAAGCCUGUAGAAGAGAUUUCUAACGAGUUCGAGCAUCAUGAUGGUUUCGUUGAAGACAGUAAACUCGACUUGCCUUCCGCACAAUUCAUUGUUUCUUCUUAGCUUUUUUUUUCUUGAUUUAAAAAUCAUUUUUCUAGGACUAAUUAACAUCCCCCUCAUUGAUCGAUUUCAUUAGAUUUUUUUUAACCUUACUUUAUUUUCUUUUUUUGAAAAAAUACUUUAUUUUCUUUUGAAACUCAAUAGAUGUUUUUCAAUAUCUGAUUUGGUUAAAUUUGUUAUAGGAGUAGACGUGAAAGUGACAUGUAACUUUCAAGAUAUAUGUUGCACACGAAUUUUAUGAAUAAGAAAUAGAGUCCUUUAAUCAGCGGGGUUAGUCUAGUGGUACUUGAGGGAGCUUCGGCCCCGAUACGGUCCCGGGUUCGAUUCCCACUGGCCACACGGAUAUGAGCUAUGCUUUCGGUUCAUUUGAAUGCCCAGGAGAGGGUCUAUCCGUGGGCUGUACCUCCACCCGGGGGUUAGGUCUGUGUCUUUAAUAGACCCGGGUUUAACCCUUUUAAUUUUCAAAAAAACAAAUAGAGUCUGAGAAAACAUAAAUAUUUUAAUUUGAUUGUUCGUGUGUGGUGUCCAGAAAAAAAUUAAAAAAAAUAGUUCGUGUUUGAAAUAUAAGAUCAUGCAAUAAUAACGUGUUUAUUAAGCACGAGCUAGUCACUGAUCAGAUAACUAUAAGAUCAGAAAUAUUUUCCUAACAUAAUUAACAUUACCUGUAACAUGAAGCUUCUCAGAGUUGCAAGCACAAGAAUGCUUUACGGCCCUUCCAGUUUCAACUCAGAAUAUAAUAAAAGAAAUGAUAAUAUGUAAUGAGCACGCAGACAAAAAAAAAUGAUAUAGGCCCAAAAUAGAAAAUAAGGCCUCAUGAUAAAUAGGCCCAUUUAAGCUGUUAACGAUUUAUACAGUCCCACAUCGCUCAGGUGAAGAGAAGGAGCUGCGUUUAUAUAGCGAUGAAGUCACGAAAGUGAUUGUCCCUUCGGGGACAUCCGAUAAAAUUGGAACGAUACAGAGAAGAUUAGCAUGGCCCCUGCGCAAGGAUGACACGCACAAAUCGAGAAAUGGUCCAAAUUUUU